GCGCACUCAACCGGUUGUAACUCGAAAUAUUCAAUAAUCUGGAGAGCAUUGCGCUGGAGUCUGGACGUUUAACAGCAAAACGAGAAGAAAGUCCAGUGUGUUGUUUUAUAGACAAGGAGGAUCCAGCGACCGCUUGACUGACCAGCAGCCAUGAGCUUCUUUGGUUUCGGUCAGAGUGCGGACAUUGAUAUAGUUCUGAAUGACGCCGAAACGAGAAAGAAAGCUGAGCAUAAAAGCGAAGACGGCAGGAAGGACAAAUAUUUUCUUUUCUACGACGGUGAAACGGUGUCGGGGAAAGUCAACGUGACGCUCAAGUACCCGGGAAAGAGGCUGGAGCACAACGGCAUCAAGAUUGAGUUUGUUGGCCAGAUAGAGCUGUACUAUGACAGAGGAAACCACCAUGAGUUUGUGUCUCUUGUGAAAGACUUGGCCCGGCCAGGGGAGCUCACACAGUCUCAGACGUUUGACUUUGAGUUCACGCACGUGGAGAAGCCCUACGAGUCUUACACCGGUCAGAACGUCAAAUUACGCUACUUUCUGAGGGCGACAGUAGGCCGCAGACUGAAUGACAUCAGCAAAGAGAUGGACAUCGUGGUGCACACGCUCAGCACCUACCCUGAGCUCAACUCCUCCAUCAAGAUGGAAGUGGGGAUCGAGGACUGUCUACACAUAGAGUUUGAGUACAAUAAAUCCAAGUAUCACCUUAAAGAUGUGAUUGUGGGGAAGAUUUACUUCCUGCUGGUGAGGAUUAAGAUCAAACACAUGGAGAUUGACAUCAUCAAGCGGGAGACAACUGGCACAGGGCCAAACGUCUACCACGAGAACGACACCAUGGCGAAGUAUGAAAUCAUGGACGGUGCACCGGUCCGAGGGGAGUCCAUCCCCAUCAGGCUGUUUCUCGCAGGCUAUGAGAUGACGCCCACAAUGAGGGACAUUAACAAGAAGUUCUCGGUGCGGUACUACCUCAACCUGGUCCUCAUAGAUGAGGAGGAAAGGCGCUAUUUCAAACAGCAGGAGAUCACCCUGUGGAGGAAAGGGGACAUAGUGAGGAAGAGUAUGUCUCACCAAGCGAUCAUCGCCUCCCAGCGCUUCGAAGGCUCCUCCAACGCAGAGAAAAGCCAGACCCCGAGUACUGCAGAAGAAGAGGACAGCUAAAGCCCCCCCCCCCGUGUAGUGAGUGUCUGAGCCAAACACAGUGCAGACAUUCUGGAUGUGAAUAUCAUGUUCUUGCAAUGAGAUGGAAUGCGCUGCAGUCCAUUUCAGUGUGUGUGUGUGCUUGUGUGUGCUUGUGUGUGUGUGUGUCUGUGUGUGUCUGUGUGUGUCUGUGUGUGUGUGUCAAACACCUUAAAGCAGAGAUCUUCAACAGGGGGUCCGGGACCCCCUAGGGGGUCCUCCGAGUUACUGCGUAGGGGCCGCCAAAUUAUUGCUAAUUUUUUGAAAGUUUCCAUGAAAAUAUCUUAAUGAGUCCAACAUUUUAUUUGCAACAUUAUUAGCAAAUAUAAAUCAACUUAACCAUUUGUAAAAACAAAUCCUCAGAUACAAUUCAUCCUAAGGAUUCACCCUGCCACAUGUAUGUUUAAUAUUCAUUUUAUACAAUAUAUGUAGUAGGGGGUCCCUGCUCCAUCUCUUUCAGUUAAGGGGUCCUUGGCUUAUAAACGUUGAAGACCCCUGCCUUAUAGUACCAGCUGGGUGACAUUUAAACACAUGAAGACAUCCUGAUCAGACAGUGUCUUUGUCAGUUUAUGACACAGGUCAAUGGGCAAACUUCACCCAUUAGAUGUAAUUUGCAAAUACUGUUCGACCAAUAUCUCGAAUUCAGGUGAGUGGAUGAAUGAGAGCCAGUGUAUUUCUAACACAGCCUUUCCUUCAGAGCUACUUACUUGGCUGGAGAAACUGUAGUCAUACAGUAGCUUUCUACAGAGUGGGUAAACAAUAGUUUGUACAGUACAUUUAUGUAUCUUUACUCAAAGGAACGGGAGAUUCUUUCAUUCACUGAAGAUCAUUUCGCUGCCAUGCCCUCUGCUGAGAAACCGCUCGACCCAUUUGGUUUUAAUUUAAAAAUGUGUAGAACGUUUUUGAAAACAAGAUUUAAAAAAUACUCUAAAAGAAAGGAAAUACAUUCACAUAUUUGUAUAAUACGAUGAUCAAUAUUUUCAUACAUUCCAAGGCUCUCCUCAGAAAAAAGGCAUGGCUGUAGAGUAUUUAUUUUUUAAACAAGAUUCCAUUUUUAUCCAGCAUGUGCCAUGUUUGCUGUAUCAGUGGGUUGUGUCUGGCGUUGCCGCUGCUGCUAAAACAAACGUGGCACUCUGCGAGCGCUGCGGGACUGGUCCUCCGUCAUGGUAACCGUCUCCGAUAGUUUUGAAGCCCUGCUUUGUUUUGUUUUUUGCACUAUGAUCUCAUUCUUCUUUUUUUUCUGCUCUCAGUGCUGUUUAUAAACUGGACUCAUGGCAGGGUUCAGGAGCAGAGUGAAAAUCCGACCCCUCUAUCCCCGGGGAUCACUUCAAAUCCAAUAUGGACAGUAUUACACCUGUGUUGAGAGACAAAGUGAGUCCUGCCGGGACGGACUGUCUCUGUGGUUAGCUAGCGUUGUGCCUAAGGGUUUUAUUGCCAAAAAAACGUUUGUGUGCAAUACUGUAGAACUACUGCCCUGGUGAUAUGCCCCGCCCUUUCUCCCCAUUUAGACUGCUCUAAAUCCACCACAGUCACCUAUCAUGAAAUAAAAA